AUGAAAUGGGGAUUAGUACCGUCGUAUUUCAAAGACGUGGCUCAGGGAGGAAAAAUGUUCAAUUGUCGAGCAGAAAGCCUUUCAGAGGGUAGAGCGGUAUGGUCGGGUCCGAAGAAACAUAAUCGAUGUCUGGUAUUCAUGGAAGGCUACUACGAAUGGCAGAAGGAAGGAUCCAAAAACAGCUAUCCUCACUAUGUGAAGAGAAAGGAUGGAAAACUUAUGUGUAUGGCUGGACUUUGGGAUCACAACACCCAAGGAGGGGAAGAUCUAUAUUCAUUUACAAUUAUAACCACUGCUGCACACAAGGACAUUGCUUGGUUACAUGAAAGGAUGCCGGUCAUUGUUGAUCCAGAAGAUAAGUUGCUCGAUGAAUGGUUGGAUCCGCAUCUAAUCUGGAAACAGAACACACGAGAUUUUCAGAAUAUGAUCAAACCCAUUCCAAGUUCCGAGCUCGAGAUUUAUGAGGUAUCUACUGAAGUAAACAAAAUUGGCCGGGACUCUCCAAAAAUGAACCAACCAAUUAAGGUGUCUAACAAGCCCGGUCCGGCCAAUGCGUUCUUCCAACGGAAAAAGGGAGCUUCUAGUCCUGUAAAGGGAGGUGACAAAAGCGUUAAGCGAGAAGACUCUACACCAACCAAGAAAUCAGAGUCAGAGACGGCCAGUGAUGACGACAAAGAGGGGUUCAAGAACUACAAGGAAGAACCCGAAAAGGAUGAUGCCGACGCGGAUGUUAAGGCCGAAUCCGAGCAUGCAAAGCGUUCUGACGAGAAAGCCACCAAAAAAGCAAAAUCACAGUCAGAGCUAGAUCCAGAGCCAGACAAAGAACCAAGAGAAGGAUCAAAAGAUGUGAAUGGAGAGGAUAAGAAUGGCCAACAGGAGGAGACGAAAGAAAAUGGGCACCAUUCGAAGAAAGAGGAGUCUGCAAGACCAGAAAAACACGAUACUGAAAAGAACGAGACGUCUCCAUCAUCCAAGAAGCAGAAGUUGCACGAUGGCGCAGCCUCAAAGGUGCCGAGCGAGGCACCGAGUCGUCAUACCCGUAGCCACGACAAGUAG